UCCGCCGCGCCUGAAAGGCGUUCAGUGUCGUGCCGAAGAAACGCGCGCUUCUCCUACACUGUCCGUUCGUAUUUUUUUUUUUUUUUUUAAUUUUUUCACCACCAAGCGGAUAGGUGACGCGCGUCGAGUGGUGUGCGAGAUACGGGGAAGGAAGAGAGGAACCGUGACAGAGAAAGGGGAAAGAGAAUGUAAUCGAACCGACACGAGACCGUAGCCGUCAGUCAGCCGGUUAUUUCACGCAUACACGUACGGUUUGUAUCUUCCACCGUUCCGCCACCAAUUUGUUGACGCGCGGCCAAUGGAGAAGAGGUGAAGCGGAGAGCUAAGAGAUGUGCAAGCCAGCGAGGAAGAAACGUUCUUAACGCUCGAUUUGGACGACGCGUGCGUAGCAUCCCUUGAUACGGACGAAUCGGUGUGAAGAGAGAGAGAGAGAAGAGAUGACGAAGAGAUUCGAGUUCAAUUGGCAGAUCGAGGUACCCUUAGCCCUCCGUCAAGGAUGCGUGUUCGAUCGGUGGUCGGAAGAGAAGGACAACACGGAGCUCGAGCUGAAUUGCAUGUUCAAGGUCGACGAAUAUGGGUUCUUCAUCUACUGGCAGAGCGAAGGAAGGGACGGGGACGUGAUAGAGCUGUGUCAAGUGAGCGAUAUACGCGCCGGCGGAUUACCAAAGGACCCGAAGCUGUACGACAAGCUUGUGACAAAGCACGGGGAGCAAUUAGAGGAGAAAUGUUUAACCAUCUGUUCGGGCGUAGAUUAUACCAAUAUUAAUUACCAGCAUGUCAUUUGCCCGGAUUCAGCUACGGCCAAGAUAUGGCUGGAUGGCAUACGAUCGAUUACGCACAACGUGAAAGCCAACAACGUUUGCCCGCUUACGUGCUUGAAGAAACAUUGGAUGAGGCUUAGAAUGCUGAUCGAUCCGAAUGGAAAAGUUCCGGUGAAAGUGGUCGCGAGAACUUUCGCAUCUGGGAAAACGGAAAAGCUUGUUUAUCAGUGCCUCGCCGAUUUAGGUCUAUCCAGCGGAAAGAACGAUGUGAUCGAGCCUGAAGACUUCACCUUCGACGCUUUCUACGCGUUAUAUCACAAAAUCUGCCCACGAAACGACAUAGAGGAAUUGUUCCAAUCCAUCACCCAGGGCAAAGCGGACACGAUCAAUCUCGAUCAAUUGGUCAUGUUUCUGAACGAGAAGCAACGAGAUCCAACGUUGAACGAGAUCUUGUACCCGUUGUACGACGAGAAGAGGGCGUUGGAGAUCAUAAACGAUUACGAGCAGAACGAGACAGCGAGGAAUCAAAAAACGAUGACGAAGGACGGUUUCAUAAGGUACCUGAUGUCAGACGAAAAUGCCCCCGUAUUCCUGGACAGGCUGGACGUUUACAUGGACAUGGAUCAACCGCUGGCGCAUUAUUACAUCAACUCGAGCCACAACACGUAUCUGUGCGGCCGUCAAUUCGGCGGGAAGAGCAGCGUCGAGAUGUACAGACAGGUGUUGUUGGCCGGUUGCAGGUGCGUCGAGUUGGAUUGUUGGGAUGGAAAAGGGGAGGACGAGGAGCCGAUAAUUACGCAUGGCAAAGCUAUGUGCACGGACAUUCUCUUCAAGGACGUGAUUUACGCUGUGAGGGACACGGCGUUCGUCACGUCGGAAUAUCCGGUCAUUCUUAGCUUCGAGAACCAUUGCAGCAAGAAGCAGCAAUACAAAUUGGCCAAAUACUGCGACGAAAUUCUCGGCGAUCUGCUUCUCAAGGAACCGCUCAAAGACUAUCCAUUGGAGCCAGGAGUACCUCUGCCGUCGCCCAAUUUGCUCAAACGUAAGAUUCUGAUAAAGAACAAACGUUUGAAACCCGAGGUGGAGAAGCACGAGUUGGAAUUGUUUCGGCAAGGCCAAUUCGUCAUCGAGGACGAGGUCAAGGAAGACGCGAGCGCGCCUCCCUCCGUCGCUGUUGUCGUUGAGCAACAAUCGGUAAAGGAAGAGGUUUCGACGACCGAGUCGGUCGCAUCGUCGACGACCGGGAACCAGCAACAGUCGAGCUCGAGCACGGGAUUAGGCGAAACUCUGGACAUACCCGUUCCACCGUAUACAGGAAGCACGACAAACGUCCAUCCAUGGUUGUCCUCGAUGGUCAACUACGCGCAGCCCAUCAAGUUCCCAGGCUUCGAUGUUGCCGAACGUAAGGCAAAGAUUUCCCUCGGUUAUACGGUUAAACGAAAGAGACGAUUGAUGAUAGUGCCCUCUUGUACAGAAAAGAAUAUUCAUCACAAUAUGUCUUCCUUCGCGGAAACCGCUGGCCUCAAUUACUUGAAGACCCAAGCGAUCGAGUUCGUCAAUUACAACAAGCGGCAAAUGAGCCGGAUUUAUCCGAAAGGCACCAGAGCGGAUUCAUCGAAUUACAUGCCACAGGUCUUCUGGAACGCUGGUUGUCAAAUGGUGUCGUUGAAUUUCCAAACCGCGGACCUGCCCAUGCAACUGAAUCAGGGCAAGUUCGAGUACAACGGUUCCUCCGGCUACCUACUCAAACCUGACUUCAUGAGACGUGCCGAUCGAAGCUUCGACCCGUUCGCGGAGAGCCCUGUGGACGGUGUAAUCGCCACCCAAUGCAGCGUUCAGGUGAUCGCUGGCCAAUUUUUAUCCGACAAGAAGGUCGGCACUUACGUGGAGGUGGAAAUGUACGGUCUACCGACGGACACGAUUAGGAAAGAAUUUCGGACCAGGGUGGUUCCAGCGAACGGCCUGAAUCCCGUUUACAACGAGGAGCCAUUCCUGUUUCGAAAAGUCGUGCUGCCGGACCUGGCCGCCCUCAGAUUCGCCGUUUACGACGAGUCGAACGGGAAACUGUUGGGCCAGAGAAUCGUCCCCUUGGACGGUCUACAGUCGGGAUACAGGCACAUAUCCCUGAGAACAGAGGCGAACUUCCCCAUGUCCUUGCCCAUGCUGUUCUGCAACAUAGAGAUCAAGAUUUACGUGCCGGACGGGUACGAGGGGCUUAUGGACGCGCUCACGGCGCCACGGGCCUACAAGAAGUCGGAGAACGCGUCUCAGAAUAAGAUGCGCGGGCUUGGGAUAGAGGAGAGCGACAGCAAAGGGCACUGUGAUUCCGCGCCCGCCCAUCAUCGCGAAGCGCCUAAACCUCGAGAGGAAAUGAAAUUCAAUCCCAUAACGGCUGAAUCGUUGAGGCAAGAGAAGGGGUAUCAGAAAGUGUUGAGAAAGCAGCAGAAGGAUUUGGAAUCUUUGAAGAAGAGGCAUCAGAAGGAGAAACUUACCGUCCAGAAACAACAUUGCACAGCGAUAGAGAAGAUUAUCAAAGGGAAAAACAAAGCAGAGCUGUCGAGAGAUCCGAUCGUUCGUCGAGAAGUUUCCGAGCAAACGGUUCAAUGGUCCCGAUUGGCGGAUAGGCAACGUCGAGAGGAACGUGACCUGAUACGUUCACAUUUGGAGGAGCGGAGGAACACUCUGAGAAAAUUGUGUGUGGCUGCUCAGUUGGCUCAGCAGAAACAGCUGACGGCGCGGCACGAGCGCGAGAUCAAAGAAAUGAACGCGAGGCAGGCGAGGCUGUCUGUGGAGAGCACGAGGGAGGUGAUGAACGAUAAAACUUUGAAGACUCGGGGUAUAAAGGAGGGCCGGCUUAGGGAGAAGCAGCAGAACAAUACGAAAAAAUUCAUGGAGGAGAGGAGAAUCGCACAAAUGAUUCAGAACAGGGAGAAGGAGAAGCUGAAAGUAAUCCACGAGAAGCAAUUGGAGGAAUUGCAAAAAGACAUGAAUGCGGUAAUGGAUAUGUACAACAACGAGGAAAUGGAGUACGAGUUGGGCCCUAAAACCGAAUGCUACGUGUGAUGGCCGAUCGACGGAUAAUAUCUGGCAAAAUUCUCACGAACCCGAGGUGCUGCUGCGUUCAUAGAAUCCGCUCCUAUCGUUAAUUACAACUGGAAUUGGGAUCAAGCCUCUCGUUAGCUCUCACCGUUCUCAAAAACUUUUUGGGAACCAGAAGCAACCAGACAAGCCGCGUUAAUCGUAUUCUAGUUCAUUCUCCUGAAUAUUUUUUUAUAAAAAAGAAGAAAAGAAGAAGAAUCUUGUAACUUCAUACUCUCCGUCGUCGCACGAGCAAGUACCUAGACUAAAUAAGGGAGUCAAUAAAAAAACUAAAGUGAUCUAGUCAAGUUCUUACAUAUUAAUAAGUAUAUAUAUUUAUUAUACAUAUAUAUAUACAUAAAAUAUAAAAUGAGAAACGGAUCACUCAGGAUCGAGCGUGCCGAGUGAUUCGUCGAUUUCAAUAUUUUUCGAUUGUUAAAAAACGCUAUUACCAAAUUCUAUCGUACCGUGAUGCGUGAGAAUAAAGAGCGACUGCAAAGAGCGCGUAUGUAUUUCAUGCCUAAAAAAAAAAAAAAAAAAAAAAAAAAAAANAAAAAAAAAAAAAAAAAAAAAAAAAAAAUGCCAAAAGGAAUUUGUCGUGACGAUUCUACGUCGUUCGCUUUUUCUUUUCUUUUUUUUACGGCCGAACAGAAUUAUGGGAAGCCAAUUAUGGCGCAAACACCGGCCGCCAUUAGAGAUCGCCUCGAUCGUGGAACGAUCCGCAGAUCGAGAAGAGGUACCCGUUUCGAGGAUUCGUUCUUUUUUUUCUCCCGUCUCGAAACGGUAGCCUCGCAUCGAAUGGUCCAAAGUCGUAAAAAAAAAGAAAGAAGAAAAAGAAAAUAAAAAAAAGAAAAAAACACCGUGAGCCAAGAAAAAAAAAACAAAGCAUUGUAAAUAAAAAGUGUAAAUGAGAUUCGAAGAGAAAGGGGAGCCUAGCGUUAAUCAUUAUCACGUCGUUGUUUUCUUUCUUAAUAACGUUAUUUACACAGAUUAUUAUAUUAACUUAUAUUAUAACGAUAUAACGUUCAAUAUAUAUUAUAUAUAUAUUGAAUUAUAAAGAAGUAAAAAGAAGGAGAAAUAAAGAGAUUGCUAGCUCUA